AUGGGUUCUGUCGCAAAAUCCAAUGGUUCUUACACCACAUCAUUUGCAUUUUUCGAGGCCAUUUGGGAGGCCGGCAUCACACACGUUUUUGUAAACCUGGGAUCCGACCAUCCGUCUAUUCUCGAAGCGAUCGUGAAAGGACAAAAUGAGGGGCGCAAUGGCAACUUCCCAAGGAUUAUCACAUGUCCUAAUGAGAUGGUAGCAUUAUCGAUGGCCGACGGCAUGGCACGACUGACCAAUAAGCCACAAUGCGUGAUUGUUCACGUUGAUGUCGGAACCCAAGGGUUGGCGGCUGCCGUUCACAACGCAUCUUGUGGACGAGUGCCGGUGUUGAUCUUCGCUGGACUUUCACCUUAUACCAUCGAGGGAGAGUAUCGAGGCUCACGCACCGAGUAUAUCCACUGGAUUCAGGACGUUCCGGACCAAAAACAGAUCAUUGCUCAAUACUGCAGAUACACGGGAGAAAUCAAGGGUGGCCGAAACGUAAAACAGAUGGUGAAUCGGGCACUGCAAUUUGCAACAAGUGAUCCACAAGGCCCAGUCUAUCUCUACGGCGCGAGAGAGUCUAUGGAGGAAGAAAUCGAGCCUUAUUAUUUAGACCAAGAAGUAUGGAAGGCGGUCGACCAUGCAGCAUUGCCACACACCGCAGUUCAGACGAUUGCCGAGGACCUUAUCAAGGCUAACGAACCACUCCUCAUCGUUGGAUACACAGGUCGAAAUGUCGAGGCGGUUGAUGCUACCAUUACUCUCGCGAAUAAAGUCCCUACGUUACGAGUUCUAGAUACUGGCGGAUCCGAUAUGUGUUUCCCCGCUGACCACCCCGCGGCCCUAGGGCUCAGAUAUGGUAUUGACCCAGCAAUUACGACGGCAGAUUUUAUACUCGUGAUUGAUUGCGAUGUUCCCUGGAUACCGACGCAGUGUAACCCUAAGCCGGGUACUAAGAUUGUUCACAUUGACGUUGAUCCCCUGAAACAGCAGAUGCCGGUCCACUAUAUCCCUGCGGUUGCGCGAUAUAAAGCGCAUGCUGGUACUGCUCUGAGUCAGCUUAACGAUUAUCUUUCCGCAAGUGUCGAGCAUUCGGAUUUCCUAUCGAGUACCGAGUAUUCGUUUCUCACCGAAAAACGAUCCAUCCUGCACCGGACCCGUCGUGAUCAAAUCAAAGAUCUGGCCAAGCUCCCGACGGACCUUCAAAGCCCGAUCGAUCCUCAUGUGCUUGGUGGACAAAUCAGAGCAGCAGUUCCUCAUGACUGCAUUUUUGCCGCAGAGGCCGUCACUUUAGCCACGGUGAUUUCAGAUCAGAUUGGUGCGAUUCUACCCAAGAGUUGGAUCAACUGCGGCGGUGGGGGACUCGGUUGGUCUGGAGGUGGCGCGUUGGGUAUAAAACUUGCAUCCGAUUUCGAGCACCGUGAUCAGAAUGCGUUGACGGGGACCAACAAGGGAAAAUUCGUCUGCUCCAUUGUCGGAGACGGGACUUUCCUAUUCUCGGUACCAGGAUCUGUUUACUGGAUUGCUCAGCGAUACACGAUACCCACCUUGACGAUUGUCCUUAACAACCAUGGAUGGAACGCGCCUCGGCGAUCCAUGUUACUUGUUCACCCUAAUGGGGAGGGAAGUAAAGUUGACAACAAGGCCCUGAAUAUCUCGUUCGAUCCGACACCGGAUUACCCCGGUAUCGCCAAGGCUGCAACGGGUGGAAAAGCAUGGACUGGGACGGUCAGUACGGUGGCGGAGUUGUUGGAACAGUUGCCCCAGGGUGUGGCGGCCGUGAAGGCGGGUCGAUGUGCAGUGCUCGAGGUCAAGCUCGCAGAUACCACCGCCCCCCCAGUCACCAAAUAG